AUGGCUAGUAUUGAGAGGAGAGACCUUCCCUCAGAUUUGAUAGAGGAGAUUCUCUCUAGGGUUCCGGCUAAAUCUGUAGCACGAUCUCGAUCAACAUCGAAAGAAUGGAACACUCUGUUGAAAUCUGUGAGCUUUGCUAAGAAGCACUCGGCUAAUGCACCAAGUGAGGAGUCUCUGUUCAUCAUGUUGAUGGAUUAUAGGGUUUUCAUACUAAAGGUCAAUCUCCAUGGAAUCAACGACGGUUAUGCUCCAUCUGCUAAGUUAGGGCAUCAAUUCAACCUUAAAGAUCCAAAAAUUUCAGAAGUUGAUCGGCAAGUCCAUAUACAUAACGUCUUUCACUGCGACGGCUUAUUGCUGUGCACCACGAUGGACAAUAGGUUCGUGGUUUGGAAUCCAUGCUUAGGGGAAACCAACUGGAUCAAACCUAGAGAAAGGUACAAGAUGACCGACUACUAUGCUCUCGGUUACGACAAGGACAAAUCGUACAAGAUCUUGAGGGUGGAUCGUCAAGACAAUGAUAUGACGACCAAGAAUGAGUACGAGGUUUAUGACUUGACCUCUAAUUCAUGGAGAGUGCUUGGUGUGGCUACUGAUUGGGUUUUAGACAAACAUCGUCGCGGCAUAUGUGUUAAGGGAAAUACUUAUUUGGUUGCUACAAGAAGGCAAUUUGGUGAUUUCUUACUAAGUUUCGAUUUUUCAACAGAGAUGUUUCAAAGUCGGUAUUUUCCUUAUCCGUUUCCUUUUGGGAAUGCGUCUUUAUCAGUGGUUGGAGAAGAAGAGCAGAUUUGUCUGUCGGGUACUACUUUAUCUCCACAUGUACGCAGUGGUGAUUUCAAAGUAUUGGUGGCAACAACUAGUAGUGUUGGAACACGCAUGUCAUGGACAAAUUCCAUAGCAGCAUUAUAUAGAAAUCCUAAGGAUAAGUCCUAUAAUGUAUAUAAUUUUUUUCAAGGGAUGAGUUUCUUGGCAGACGAGCAGAACAAUGUUGUAGUGUAUUUGAGCCUCGACAACGUCUUACACGUUGUGGGCGAUGAGCCGAUGAUUAUCACACACAAGUGGAGAAUCUUGGUGGAGUUUCCAUACCAUCUUGCUCAGUUCUUAUGA